AGGAGGAAAGGCUCGUUUGCAAUCGGUGAAUUUUUUUAUUAGAACAAUGUAAUGAAAGCAGAAAUGCACAGUAAUCUUAUUUUAGAAUUCCAGACGAACAUAGAUUUCUAAAUAGAAAGCGACGAAAAAAGAGAGAAAAUCUCCGCAUUUUCUCGGUGCAUAUAUGUGUAUGUAGCAGUAAAAAAAGCCUCAUAAAUCAUGAGCCAAAAGUAAGAUUUCGAUAGAACCACGAUAUGUAUACGAUAUUGGUCGAUGCAUAAGCGUGCUCGGAGUGUUAAACAAAAAGAAGAAAGCACAUGCGAAUAAUGCAAGAGAUGUGUUGAAAAUGAAAAGCGCACAAUAACAACGGCACAAGAAGACCUAGCGAAAAGACGAAAAAGAAAAAAAAAUAUGUGUAAACUUAGCAUAAUGCGGCAUUUUCAUAACAACACACAGUCAUACACACACAUAUAUGUAUAUCGAUGGUUCAUUCAUUUACUGGAAAAUCAGUACUUUGUUAGCAGCGUUUGUAACCAAUUCACAAAAAAACUGGUCUAUUUUAUAAAGUUGUGCACGGUGUCUUGUGUCGGUCGCUUAUUCCUUGUUCGUGCCUCUCAAUGAGCAAGCAAUACCGGAAACAUUUUAGUGGUUUCCUGAUAAAAACCACAAUAUUUCUUUUUCUUUCACGGAAUUUCACAUGAAAUAUUGAUCACCUUUUUUUCUACAUUCGCGUUGAUUAAUCACAGCCAGAAUUGGUACAUUUUGACAAGGCUGUAAAUUGAUCGCCGACAAACUGGUGUAACUGGCUAUUGAUUAUAUCAGGCAAACACAUCAACGAUUUUUGUUUGUUCGGCUACUGAUUGGCGACAAUAAACUCAUAAUAGUCAAGCUAAUGCGGCAUUAGCAACACGAAAACAUAAUUCUAUCCGAUCACGAAGCGAGGCACGAAACAGCACACAUUUUGACAUAAUGGAACGUAAAUUGUUAUAUGCCUUUCGAGGAUGGAUCGCAUUCGUGGCAUUCAUGGAUUUGGGCACAGCAUUUCGUAGUUAUAUCGAAAAACGCAGCUUUUUGGGCGAUCCAUCCGACUCACAAUAUAUUGCUGGUGACUACACAAUAUCACGCAUAAUCGGAAUGUACUGCAUUUUAAAAGCGUUUGCCUUAGUUCAUUGUACAUUAUACAUCCACUACAAGCCCGUUGUGAGUAUGGGAGGUUGUUCAUUAGCACUUACAAUGGUUUUGUACUUAACGGAAGCGUUGUAUUUCCGAUCGAGCACAUUAACAUUUUACGUAAUAUUCCCAUGUGUACUUAAUUCAAUCACAUUGAUUGGCCUUAUUUAUAUACCAAAGCGUUUGCGUUUAUGGGAUCCACAUAAUAUUGAUGGUGAUGAUGAAAAUUCGCAAUUAUUAAGACAAAUGGGCGGAUUUAAGAAGCGUCGAGUGCCGAAAAAGAUGCCCUAAACUGAUUUGGUGAUGACGGAUACACUUUUCGAAACACAACGAGAACACUCAUUCAUAUUCACAGGCACAUCGGACAACAUUCGUAUGGUAUACACAUGAACGAGACAAGCAAGACGGAAUCCGAGAGAGGUCCAUUUAAAAAAAAACUCCAUUUCUUCACGCGAAACGCUUAACGAAAUUCCAAAAACCAUAAACACUCUCAUAUAACGAAUAACAUUUUGAUGCUUACGCUAAUCAACAUAGUAUCACACUUACAAAGCCAAUUCAAUUAUCCAUUUCAUCGAUAAAAAAAAAAGAUAUAAUUGUUUUUUCUACAUAGACAAACAGCAACAAGAACUCGUAGUUUUUCAUAAAAAAUAGACCAUUUUUAGAAAAUAAAGAUAGCUAGCGUUUUUUUUUCUUGAUCGCAGUGAUAUUUGCGUAGUCAAUAUCAACAACAGGUGCAAGAUAAUAUAAUCAUAGAUGAUGACGUAAAAAAAUUUAGGGGGGGGGGGGGGAAGGCAAAAAA